CAACACACCACCACCACAACUAAAAGAACCAUCACGAUGUUUGCCCUCCGUACAAGAUUGGUUGCUCGUCAAGCAACAAGAUCCUUUGCCACCAGCAGAGCCAUGCUGCAGUCCACGCCAAAGGUGAAGACCGCUGCCACUUUGGCUGAGGUUGACGGUGCAGAGACGUUGAUUGGUGAAGGUGCCAAAGUCGGCACCUUCCCAACCGACCUGGAGCAGGCCACUGGUUUGGAGCGUUUGGAGCUUCUUGCUAAGCUCGAGGGUGUCGAGUUCUUCGACACCAAGCCAUUGGACUCGUCCAGAACCGGUACCCUUGCAGACCCAAUUCUCGUUGAGAGUUACGAUGACUACCGUUACGUUGGCUGUACUGGUGCGCCAGCAGACUCCCACCACAUCUUGUGGUUGAAGCCAACCGUCGACCAGGUUGCCAGAUGCUGGGAGUGUGGUUCCGUCUACAAGCUGAAGCCAGUUGGUGUGCCACAAGAUGAGCACCACCAUUAGGGUGGUUGACGUUGGUGUUUUGGGCUCAUUCCUGAAUCAGCCAUUGUGGAGUGAAUGGAGAACGAAGAGGGAUUGGCGAUUGAAGACGAUGGAGAAUACACACAGAUCAGCAUGUUUACAACCUUUACAGACAGAGUUUUAUUAUAUAUUCUUAUUUUUUUUGGAAACGGG